GAUCUCGCAAGCAUGCUUCAAUCUUGUUGCACCAUACCGCUGGAUUCUGACUGGUACACCUAUGAUCAACGGAGCCAAGGACUUCUACAGCCUGCUUGCUUUCAUCGACCAUCCUACAGCGGUAGCAGCUACAUUUGAGUCCUUCAAGUCACGAUUCUGUAACCCAAAGAAUCCAAUGAGUCUGUCUGGCCUGACUCGACUAAUCACGCCCUACAUCAUCUGCUGGACACACAAGCACUCCUUUAUGAACGCCAAACUGACUACUCUUCCUCCACCUCGCGAUCUCUCUCUCAGGCUUAAGCCUGACAUUCUCGAGUUCGAGAUCUACGAAGUUGUUCGCAAUCGCUUCAAGAUGAGAGCAGAGACCCUAGAUGAGAAUGGCGACCCCAGAUCUUCAUCCUUCCAUAUCUUCGCCAUGUUCGCCCUACUACGACAAUUGACCGCCCAUCCUCUCAUGAUUCCCAACAAGAUUUGCGACUACCUCGAGAUGGAAGAUUUCGACAUACUGGAAAAAGCAGUAGAAAGACAGAUCGAUUCGGGCAAUACCGGUAACAGCCUGAUCCAUGCCUUCAAGAACUUGAUGCAAAAACAGCGUGCUGUUGCUCAACAGCGCAAGGCUGACGGCUUAGAGCCCGUUCGCGAAGGCUCUGAGACUACUCUGGAUGAAUUCGACGAGGGUCCGGAUGAAAUCGAGCAAUUGAACCAGCCCGAACAGAUCAAGAAGAACAACAAAAAGCGCGGUACUGGAGCUGGCCACGGAAAGGAUGUGGACUACAACGGUGUCAUGGAGACCCUCAAGCGUAGCACAAACUAUCACAUCUCGCACAAGAGAUCUACAUGCUGCAAGUGCAACCGUCCUGCUCACGAAGCCGUCAUGACUUCGUGCUUCCACUUCUACUGUCAUCUUCAUCUCGAAGACAUCAUGCACGCUGCGGCAGAAGCUGGCGAAGAUCAAGCUACUUGUAUCAGGGAAGGAUGCGGAAAGAAGAUCGUCAAGAGCCUGGUCAUCGAUCCUACCGCACCCGUAAAGCCCAAGUGGUUGGCUGCUGACGGCAAUGUCAUUCCCUCCACGAAGACUCUUGCAGUCAAAUCACUCAUUCUGAGUUGGCUAGAACGCGACCCUGAGUGCAAGAUCAUUGUCUUCAUGCAAUGGAGAGCAUUUUUAGGCCUGCUAUCGCGCAUUUGCGAGGUCGAAGGCUGGGGAUACACUACCCUACAUGGUGGUCUGAACAAGAAGCAGAAGGACGCAAACAUUGCAAAGUUCAAGGAUCUGGCUGACACCAAGAUAUUGCUUGCCACAUUGAAGACUGGCGGUGUGGGCUUGAAUCUGACUUGUGCAAACUUCGUGGUCAACGUUGAUCCCUAUUGGAACACCGCUGCAGAAGUUCAGGCUUUCAGCAGAGUUUACCGCAUCGGUCAGGAGAAGCAGACUGAAUUCGUCAAUCUCACUCUCGAAGGCACCAUUGACGAACAUCUCAACGGCAUCAAGCACAGAAAGAAGCUCGAGAUCGAUCGUGUCAACGUAGGCUGCAGAAAGCUGAGCAACAAGGAGAUGCUCAAGGUAUUUGAGCCCGUUCGUCAGAGCACCGAGGACUCUGAUUCUGAAUAAGCAGACAUGAUUUGUACUAUAUAGCAGGACAAAAGGGCAACUUCUGAGGCCAUAUCGGGCAAGCAUUUAUUAGCCACCAUCACAUACAUAGCCAGGAAAACACCAAACAAAAUACUGUA